CAUUCCUAAAAAUAGAGCGUCCCGUUUUCUGAAGUCAUGACUUCCAUUGGCUUUGACCCUUACUUCCCUUCUACUCACAAGAGGAGGGUAGUUGUGCGCAAUGCAGGAUAUGGAGCUGGAGGAGGAAUAGGAUCUAGGUCUGCCUACUCCAGCCACUCCGCCCCAAUGGCUUCCUAUGUCUCUUCACGCAGAAGUUAUCCGACCCAUUCCCGAGCUACUUCCAGCUACUCCUCUAUGCUUUCAGCUCCAGUGUCUGCAGCUGCCACCGAGCUCCGCCUUGAACAAGCAGCCCAGGUCAGCUCUGAGUUCAAAGUCUUAAGGACCCAGGAGAAGGCUGAACUGCAGGACCUGAAUGACCGCUUUGUGAGCUUUAUUGAUAGGGUCCAUGAACUAGAGCAGCAGAACAAGUUGCUGGAGACUGAACUCCUGAUUCUCAGGCAGAGGCAGACUGAGCCAUCCAACCUUCGCACCCUGUAUGAGCAUGAGAUUCGCCAGCUCCGUGCUGCUGUGGAAGAGGCUCGCCAUGAGAAGCAAGCUGCCCAGGACAACAGGGAUGAGAUGGAGGACGUGUUUACUAACCUCCAAAAAAGCUAUGAGGAGGAAGUGCUUUGUAGAGAGGAAACGGAGGGCAGGCUCAUGGAUGCCAGGAAGGGAGCAGAUGAUGGUGCACUGACCCGGGCAGAGCUGGAGAAAAGAGUUGGGACCCUGCUGGAUGAGCUUACCUUUCUGAAGCGCCUCUGCGAGAGUGAGAUUGCAGAGCUGCAGGCCCAAAUACAGCUGAGCGCCGAGGUUUCAGUGGAGAUGGAGGUCAUCAAGCCUGACCUUUCCGCUUCUCUCCGGGACAUCCGAGUCCAAUAUGAGAAGCUGGCAAACCACAACCUUCACAAAGCCGAAGAAUGGUUCUGUGACAAGGUGAAUGUGAUGACAGUAGGCACUUCUCGCAACACGGAGAGUGCACGUAAUGCCAAAGAUGAGGCUGCAGAAUAUCGUCGCCUCAUCAAAGCCAGGGAGCUGGACAUUGAUGCCUGCCGUGAGAUGAAUCAAGCUCUGGAAAACCAACUUCAGGACGUGGAGGAGAAACAGAGUGCUGAGAUCUCUGCACUGCAGGAUUCAAUAAGUCAAAUAGAAGAAGAAUUGAGGGCCAACAAGAAUGACAUGGCUCGAUACUUGAAAGACUACCAGGAUCUGUUGAACGUGAAGAUGGCCUUGGAUAUUGAGAUUGCAGCCUACAGGAAGCUCCUUGAAGGAGAAGAGAACCGUUUCAAUGUUUCGGGCCCAGGGUCCUUCAACGUUUACUCCCAAUCCAUGUACGCCACUCCUCCAUCCUUUCGAAGGACUCAGUUCUCCAUGCCGUCCCAGCUAACCUCUGCAGCUCCGUACAUGCUGAGCUCCCGCUUCUACUCUAGAUCCCUGCCCACAGAAGAGACAAUAUCCGCAAGCCAAGCACAGCAGGCGGAGGCCAGCCUGCCUCAGGAGGAGGAUGAAGAGCAACUGGAAGAGGAAGAGAGGGAGGAAGUAGAGGAAGAAAAGGAGGAAGAUCAGGGUGAAGAGAAGGUCCAGGAGGAUUCAGAGGGAGAAGAGUUGGUGGAAGACAAGUCUGAAGAAAAGGAGGAGGAAGAGCAGGGAGAGGAAGAAGCAGAUGGAGAAGGAAAUGAAGAGGGUGAUGCAGAGGAUGGAGAAAAAGAACAUGAGGGGGAAGGAGGAGAAGACACCCAGCCUCAAGAAGAGGAGGAUGCUGAGCAGAAAGAAGAACAGGGUGAUGACAAGGAUAAGAAAGAGGCGGAAAAAGCUGAGAAACAAGACGAGGUGGAGGCCGAAGAGAAAAAUGGAAAAGCAACUGAGAAAAAAGUUUAAAUUGAAAUGCUUUACAAAGUCCCUGCUAGCAUUGUAGCUGUAGGAUGUCUUCUCCGGUGCUCUAUGUGAGAUACCUCUCUAAUCCUGAAAUUAGAAGACAUCAUGUUGGUGAAAUUCUCGGUAUUAACAACUUGACCAACAGCAUGUGUGCAAAAGCAAAGAAUCGAAACAAAA